UUUCGACACACUCGGGAAGAAUUCGGCGUCCGGUGUUCCGUUGCAAUCAUCGGGAACAUGGACGUGUUUCUGUACGAUUCAACGAUCUGCCGAUUGUGCGCGGCGGACAACGGCAACGAGCAUCUGUUCGCCAACGAAACAAGCGAGUCGGAUUUGUGUUCACUGGUGAAUCGUUAUCUGCCGCUCAAGAUUCGUGAUGAUGGCAAAUUACCACAGACUAUUUGUCCGGGCUGUAAUAUCCAGCUGGAGGCAACUGCACAAUUUUUUGACCUGUUGGUGGUUGGUCAGCGCAAGUUACGUGAACUCUGGAAAUAUCAAGUCGAGCAGCACCGCAGAGCAGAACGCUUACGCAAUAAGAAGGAGAUUGCAGAGAACGAAACAGAUGGAGUGGAAAUGGAUAAUAUAACUUCAUGCAAUGAGGAUGAACAGUAUGAACAGCAAAUCAUUAUCAAAAUAAUGCCAGAUGGAUCUAUGUAUGCAGCAGAGCAUGAAAUGAGUUUACAAAUGGAAGGCUUAACUAAGCCACGGAGAAAACGCGGACGUCCACCCAAAGUUCAAGCAGAGGCCGAAUCUUUGACGAAAGAGAAUGCGGAAGCUGUGAGUCAAGGUGAGGAAGAUAAGCAAGAAGAAGAGGUUGAAGAAGUGGAUGGUGAUGGUAGACGGAGAAGGAAACGCAAAGUUCCCAAAAGGUUUAUGGAAGCGGUGCAAGGAAAAGAACUGGAAAGGAUAUUCAAGGAGGAAGGCGUAAUCGAUGAGGAAGACGACGAUGACUUUGAGAUGCUCGACGAUUCAGAGGAACCAUUAAAUGCUUCCAUCCAGGAUGGUCAGGAAGAAGUAAUUGGUCGUCUCGAAACGCAGGAAGGUAAAAACUUGGGUGAAGUGGUAAUCAUGAAUCGUGGAAGAGCACGAUCAAAAUCGAAACUUCGUCGUCGAAAAAACAAAUUUACAUGUCAGCUCUGUGGUAGAAAUUUUCUACAACGCAGCAGAUAUAUAGUACACAAAAGUUUCCAUAAGGACAACAAGUACGAGUGCAUACAAUGUAAGACGCAUUUUAAUAGUAAAGAGAACCUAGAAUUACAUCAAAAGACGACUCAUCAUAAUUCAAAUCUUGCUGAAGAAAAUACCGAGGUACAAGACACCGAACUCGAGAGAUUAGAGACGCACAGUGCGGAACAGGAUGCCACUACAACAACAAUGAAAGAAGAUUCCAACAAUGCGAUUUAUAUGUGCGAAAGAUGCGACAAACAUUUCGAAUUGAAACAGGAGUAUGAACUGCACAUGAGAGUGGUGCAUGAACUACAGAAAUUUACGUGCAACGUUUGCAACAAGGAUUUCACAAAUCAAUCGAAUUUGAAAACGCACAUGACCACACAUAAGGAAACUAAACCAAACAAGGAAUUUCCCUGUGAUAUUUGUGGCAAGGUAUUAAACCAUCCCAGUUCCGUUGUGUAUCAUAAGGAAGCUGAGCACAACAAUGGACGUCGUUUUGUUUGCAACAAAUGUAACAGAAGUUUCAAGCACAAGCAAUUGCUUCAGCGGCAUCAGUUAGUACACUCGGAUGACCGGCCGUUCAUUUGUAAGUCCUGCAAUGCCAGCUUCAAGACAAAGGCGAAUCUGAUUAAUCAUCAGUCCACUCAUACGGGCGAGAAGAAGUAUUUCUGCGAGCGUUGCAACCAACAGUUUGCACACAAGACUAGUCUCACAUUGCAUCAAAGAUGGCAUGACGGUGAAAAGCCGUACAAAUGUGAUGUGUGCCACAAGAGCUUUUCGCAGAAUGGCAAUUUACAGGAACAUAUGCGCAUCCACACCGGCGAAAAGCCGUAUUCCUGUGACUUCUGUGGCCGAAAAUUCACCACGUCAUCGCAAUUUAGGCUGCAUGUGAAACGGCAUACUGGCGAACGGCCGUGGAAAUGCGAGUUUUGCGCGAAAUGCUUUCUGCACAAGGAUACGUGGAAAUGUCAUGUGCGCCGGCACAAAGGUGAACGUCCGUUUCAAUGCACCCACUGCAAUCGCGGAUUUACAGAGCAAUGGGCGCUGAAGAAACAUCUUCGUUUACACACUGGUGAGAAGCCUUAUUCCUGCGAUCUAUGCGGCAAGGCUUUCGCCGAUUGCUCAAAUCUGACGAAGCACAAAAAGGUGCACAGGGAGAAUAAGGUACUAACCGUAGACGGCUCGGAAGAAUCUCCGAUCGGUGAAGUGUGGCAAAUCCUGCCAAACUCGCAGGAGAAUGACGAACAGUCGGUGCUCAAUGAACAAAUGACGCAAGUGAUUGCCACUGAUGAAGUGUCUACUGAUGGGAUUCAACAAAUCUACUACGUGUCCUAUCAGGAUCCUAAUAAUCCUAGUGAAUCGCGAACGUUGCACUUCCUUGAUGCUGGCAUGAUCAAAAAUAAAGACGAGACGAAGACAAAUGCGGAUUUCUUACCACGUUUGGACGAUGAGAACGACGAAAUAAUUGCCGACAAAAUUGUAAAUAAUACAGCUAGCAAUAAUGAGGAACAGUCGGAGAUAGAACUAUCGGAAUCAGAUUUACAAUUACAAAUUACCGAUGAACAUGGAAAUCCGAUUCAAAUAUCCAUCCAAGAGGCUCGACAGCUUCUCUCUCAAGGACAUUUCAUCAGCCAAUUGAACGACGGUCAGAUCAUUAGGGUUCACCCUGGAAUAUUCGCGCAACAUCUUCAAGCAUUAAAUAUUCACAUCGAUGAAGAGGCUGCUGUCGCAGCAGAAAACAGCAUUGUUACGCACCCUAACGUGAACAAAGAGGGGAUGGAGACGGGGAUUCAGGCCGACGCGGAAGCAAUCGUUCAAGCCCUUGAGGACGAGGACACUGAUGCCACUGCAGUCGCGACCAUCAAUCAAUUGGAGAAUGUCGAACAGACUGGAAUCGCAGAUGGUGAACAGACAAUCGAAUUCAUGACCCAGGACGGACAAAAAGUUCGCGUCCUGACAUCGUAUCCCGUCGAUCCAAUGCGAAUCGACCUAACUCCAGAGUACAUGACUAUUGUAUAAUAAAAGAAGAAGUAGAUAUAUGUAAUCAUUGUGAUGCGCAUUCUGUUUAUAAACAUCGUCAAAUUAUUAGUGAUUUAUACGUGAGGUAAAAGAUUUUGAAAGUGCUUGUAUAAAAAUUUUAAUCAAAUUUUUGACAAGAUUGUAUUAAUUUUUAUACAAUCUUACUGCUCUCAUUGUAAUAUAUCAUUUCUAUAAAGUUAAUGCGAACCAAUAUUUAAUGCAAAUUGAUGAAGUAUCUCCAUCAAGAUGUAAAAACCAAAUUAUUGUAGAACUGUUUGUAAGAAGUGCAUACAGAUCCUUAUAAUCUUGGUAUUAAGAAACACAAAUUAGUGAAACUCAAUUGUAUAUACAUUAUAGCAUAUCUUAGGCAUAUGAUAUGUGGGGGAUGUAUUUUAUACUUUACUAUGUACAUACAUUUGAGUUAUAUAAUUUUGUACAUAAUACAUUGUUGUAUGUUAGAUGUAAUGAAGAAAGAUAAACAUUAAAAUUUGUUUUAGCACAAUAUCUUUCAUAAUAAGAUAGAAGAAAACAGAAAAUUUGAGUGGAAAUAUAACAAAAAUAUAAUAAA